AUGGACUUCAAAGGCAACCUGGAGCGUGUCAAAGCAUCCAUCAAGGACGCAAAAGCCCAAGGCUGCACCUUCCGAACGGGCCCAGAGCUAGAGAUCACUGGCUACGGCUGCGAGGAUCACUUUCUCGAAAAUGACACCUUCCUGCACGCCUGGUCUUCCAUGGCUGAGUUGCUGCGGACGGACUUGACAGAUGGAAUUCUCUGUGACAUUGGGAUGCCGGUGAUGCACAGAAAUGUUCCCUACAACUGUCGUGUUUGGGUUGUCAACAGAAGUAUUGUGGGAAUUAGACCCAAGAUAUUUCUGGCAAAUGAUGGAAACUAUCGCGAGAUGCGAUGGUUCACACCCUGGCACAUCGACCCGAGCAAUCCAGGAUUCGGUGAGCUAGAGGAGUACUUUCUUCCUCGAGAGAUUGCUGAGAUAACUGGGACGGCCAAAGUUCCUUUCGGCAUUUUUGCAGUGUCUACUAAAGACACUUGCUUGGCAACGGAGACUUGCGAAGAGCUCUUCACACCGGACGCGCCGCACAUAAAACUGGCUCUCGAUGGUGUGGAGAUUAUUGCAAAUGGUUCCGGCAGCCACCAUCAGCUGAGGAAGCUGGACAAGCGAAUUGACCUCGUGCGGGGAGCCACAUCAAAGAGUGGCGGUGUGUACCUUUAUGCCAACGUGAAGGGCUGCGAUGGAGGCCGACUUUAUUUCGAUGGCUGCUGUAUGGUGUGGAGCAACGGCAAGCUGCUGGCACAAGGAACUCAGUUCGGCAUGUUAGACGAGAUAGAAGUCGUGGUUGCGACAGUCAACCUCAAUGAUGUCCGCUCAAUGCGUUCCAACUUCAUUGCGCGCUCCUAUCAAGCGUCUUCAACGCCGACAGUGCACCGGAUUGAGGUAGAUUUUAGCUUGGGGCACCCGGAUCCCCUGUCGAUCUCUGAAUCGCAGCCGAUCGAGCCAAAGAUUGAGGGUCCCAUGGAAGAGAUCGCGUAUGGCCCAUCAGCUUGGCUCUGGGACUAUUUGCGGCGAUCGGGGCAGCGAGGAUAUUUCCUGCCGCUCUCGGGUGGGGCAGACUCAUCUUCCACAGCAGCGCUGGUUGGGAUCAUGUGUCAGCGUGUAUAUCGUGAGUUGACAGAGGGUACAGAAAGGUCCAAGGCUCUUGUGCUCGCGGAUAUCCGGAAGGUGACGAGGCGGCCCUUCUACACGCCACCCUCCUGGCAGGAUCUGUGUGGCAAGAUCUUUGUGACAUGCUACAUGGCUUCAGAGCACAGCGGAUCUGAGACGCGGUCACGAGCAGAGAAUCUGGCAAAGCAGAUUGGUGCAAACCACACCUCUAUCGCAAUUCGGCCGAUAACCGACGCGAUUGUAAAGGUGUUCCAGCAAUGUCAGUUUGAGUCUGACAGGAUCGACAAGUCGAAGGUGAGGGCGGAUGCCACCUGGAAUGCAAGUGGCACAGAAGACAUUGCCCUACAGAACAUUCAAGCCCGGAGCCGCAUGGUCAUGGCCUACUUCAUGGCACAGCUUAUGCCGUGGGCGACGGACAAGGCGAUGAAGGGCGAAGCUGGGCCUGGCUGGGGAUCCCUUCUGGUCCUGGGCUCUGCAAACGUGGACGAAGCCCUGCGCGGAUAUUACACCAAAUAUGACUGCAGCGCUGCAGACGUCAAUCCAAUUGGUGGAAUCAACAAGCGAGAUCUGAAGGCCUUCUUGUUAUGGGCUGCGAAAGAGCGAGGGAUCGGAGAGCUGGAAAGAGUAGCGAACGCAGUCCCCACAGCUGAGCUACGGCCUGACAAGAUCGAAGGGGGCAAGAAAGUUGAGGAACAGAGCGAUGAGAAAGAUAUGGGCAUGUCCUAUGAUGAGCUGGGAGACCUGGGGCAUUUGCGCAAGGUGGAGAAGUGUGGCCCGCUUACUACAUUCUUGAAGCUGCGGCAACUCUGGUCCCACAAGACGGCGGAUUGGACGGGACCUCAGGACAACGACAAAGCCAUCACACCUUCCAUCAGAGUCAAAGAGCAGCCGAAGACUUUUGAUGAGAAGGUUGCGCAGAAGGUCAAAGACUUCUACUUCUACAACGCAAUCAACAGGCAUAAAAUGACGACACUGACUCCCUCCUACCAUGCCGAGAAUUAUUCUCCUGAUGAUAAUCGAUUUGAUUUGCGCCCUUUUCUCUUCCCCGCCACUUUCGAAGCGCAGUUUGAAGCUAUCGAUGAGGUAGUGAAAGCCUGCAAGAAGGAUUAA